AUGGCCUACGACACCUCGAGCGGCUAUGCGCCGCCCAGCACGAGCAAUGCACAGGACGACGCUUCACUGCCUAUGUUCAGCAUAGAGCGCGUAUCGCUGCAAUUCUCCAUAUCCUCGGAUUUUGUAGCAGCUGCGGUAGCCAACAACGUCCUUGUCCUGGCCCUCUCGACUGGGCGCAUCCUGCGCAUUGAUCUGGACAGCCCAGCAGAUAUAGACGACAUCGAUCUGCCCAAGAAGCCUUCAGAGAUUGGCGUCAUCCGGCGCCUCUUCCUCGACCCCUCCGCCUCGCAUCUGAUCGUAACGACCACCCUCGCCGAGAACUACUAUCUCCACACCCAAUCACGAACACCCAAAGCAUUGUCUCGACUGAAAGGCGUCGUUAUUGAAAGCAUAUCAUGGAAUCCUUCGCAGCCAACAGCAUCGACGCGGGAGAUCCUGGUCGGAGCAUCAGACGGCAACGUCUACGAGGUCUUCAUAGAACCUUCUUCUGAGUUCUACAGGAGGGAGGAACGCUACUUGAAAAGCGUAUAUAGCACUACAGACGGCCCCAUCACCGGUCUGUGGACGGACAUCAUACCUGGAAGGCAGGACCUGCGACGCGUUGUCAUUGCGACUCCAUCAACGUUCGUACAAUUCGCAGGGAAGAUUGGACGGAACGCACACGAAGGCAGCGGCUCAAUCUUCUCAAAGUUCUUUGAGAGCGAAUCCGCGACCGUACACGAGCUCCCAAAUGUCUCGCCGUCGGCCACGUCUCUUCUGGCAGUUUCCCCAGAGAAUCAGCAAUCACCGGACCAGGAGCGUCUCAACGGCGAACGGAUAUUUGGAUGGCUCACAUCUCAAGGCGUAUUGCAUGGCAAGCUAUUCAUAUCGCAGGAAACUUCUGACCUUGGGGCCAAGGUCCUAGCGGACUCAAAGUUGCUGCCUAGAUCGCAGAUCCCAGCGUCCCAGACUGCUAGUGGCCGUGCAAGGAGAACAAACGAUGCAGUGAGCUCGAUGAUCCUUAGCCAGUGGCAUAUUUUACAAUUGGUCGAAGGAAGGGUCGUGGUCACGAACCGUCUUGACGAUACCAUCGUAUUUGAUCAAGUCGUUCUCGAGCCCGGGCAGAGCGCAUUAAGCUUGGUCGCUGACAUUAAGUCGAACACCUACUGGCUGUUCACUACUCGUGAAAUCUUCGAAAUCGUCGUAACAGAUGAGACCAGAGACGUCUGGAAGAUCUUGCUAAGAUCACAACAGUUCGAGGCUGCUUCGCAGUUUGCGAAGACAUCGACACAAAAGGACGCCGUCGCCACUGCGUCUGGAGAUUACCUGGUGGGUAAGGGCCAAUAUCUGGAGGCAGCCGCUGUGUAUGGUCGAAGUACAAAGCCCUUCGAGCAAGUGGCUUUGACGUUCAUCGACCAAGGAGAACAAGAUGCUCUUCGGAAAUACCUGCUUACAAAGUUGUCAACGCUCAAGAAGACAUCUCUGAUGCAACGGACCAUGGUCGCCACCUGGCUCAUUGAGCUGUACAUGGCCAAACUCAACAUCCUUGACGACACCAUCACGACUAAAGCUGAACUCUCAGAGAGUAUGAAUACUGCGGAAACCCAGGAUCAUCUUUCGGUCAUCAGAAAAGAAUACCAGGACUUCGCAUCCAAGUACAAGACAGAUCUCGACCGCAAGACAGCAUACGACAUCAUCAGCAGCCAUGGCAGAGAAGAAGAACUCUUGUACUUUGCCACGGUGGUCAACGACUACAAUUACGUUCUCUCGUAUUGGGUGCAGCGAGAACGAUGGCAAGAGUCUCUGGCUGUUCUCAAGAAGCAGACUGAUCCAGAGACAUUCUACAAGUACAGCAGUGUGCUUAUGGUUCAAUCUCCUGUCGAACUUGUCGAGAUUAUGACACGGCAGUCGAAUCUCAAUGCCCAGAAGCUUAUUCCAGCGUUCUUGAAUUACAACAACAUCAGCAAAGCCCCUUUGAGCCAGAACCAAGCUAUCCGUUACCUGCUCUUCGAAAUCAAUCAACGUCAGUCGACCGAUGCUGCGAUACACAACACGCUCAUCUCAAUCUACGCAUCUCACCCAACUACUGAUGAAUCAGCACUCCUUGCAUACUUGGAAGGGCAAUCCCUUGCACACGAGCAAAACUACGACGCCGAUUUUGCUCUGCGUCUCUGCAUCCAGCAUAAGCGCGUGCAGUCGUGCGUGCACAUCUACAGUUCUAUGGGUCAAUACGCACAAGCUGUAGACCUCGCCCUGAAGUAUGAGGAAAUCGAUCUCGCUAGCAAUGUCGCUGAUCGCUCCAACACCGAGCCUGCGCUUCGCAAGAAGCUCUGGCUCGCCAUCGCCAAGAAGGUUAUCUCACAGUCUUCAGGCAUCAAGACAGCGAUCGAGUUCCUCCGCCGUGUUGAGCUGCUGCGCAUUGAGGAUUUGAUUCCUUUCUUCCCCGACUUUGUGGUCAUCGAUGAUUUCAAGGAAGAAAUCUGUACUGCACUCGAGGAUUACAGCCGUAAGAUUGACGAGCUGAAGAAGGAAAUGGACGAUUCCGAAGAAACGGCGCAGCAUAUCAAGAGCGAUAUCAAGGCCCUGGAUCAGCGCUAUGCCAUUGUUGAGCCGGGCGAGCGCUGCUACAUGUGCGGACUGCCUUUGCUUGCAAGGCAAUUCUUCGUGUUCCCGUGUCAGCAUGCGUUUCAUAGUGAUUGCUUGGCCAAAAAGGUCGUCGAGCUCGCGGGCAUCGCAAGGGGGAAGCGGAUCGCCGAAUUACAACUGGAUGUCAGUAAGGGGGUGAGCACAGGGGCGAAGAGGGAGAAGGCUAUUCGAGAAUUGGAUGCGCUUGUUGGAUCGUCCUGUGUGCUUUGCAGCGAGUUGGCGGUCAAACUUAUUGACGAGCCAUUCAUCAGUGCCACGGAUGAUAAGGAAGAAUGGGCAUUGUGA